UAUUUCAAGAAAUGUAAAAUGUUCUUGAAGAAAACCUGUAGAAAUACUUUGUUUAUUGUGUAGGUGAUGUUCUUCUGGCCUAGGUCUUUAUGAUGAGGUGAAGAGGAGGAAGUUGCAUCUUUAGCUGAAGGGCUACUUAAGUCAGUGCCUGCGUGCUACAAGUGGAACUUGUUUUUAUUUUAAAACAUGGUGUUGAAAGAAGCUUCAUUUCUCAACAAAAUAGGUUGCAGGUGGUGCUGUGUGUUCUCUGCUAGUUACAGUUUCACCAAAAAGAAAUGGUACGGCUUUAGGAAAAAUGCUACUGACUCAUGAAACACUGUUUGUAUAUUACAUAGUAACUUUUUUGUUCUUUUAAAAUCACAAGGGAAGACUUGAUAUGUGGGAGCUUAGUUGCUUUGAAUAGGUUCAAAAAGAAACCUCUGAAGGAUGUACAAAUAAAUGUAAUUUCUGGAAAUCAGCAAGCAAUUAUAUCCAAGUCUUUUUACAGGCUUUUAAAACUUGUCUCCAGGAAAAAAUACUAAAGUUGGCGUAUUGAGUCUUGAUUCAGUUCUGUGUCUUUGGAAGCAUAUGCAAGUAUGCUGAGGCAAAGUAAAUCUAGUACCACUGUUACCACUUAUUGGUGAAAGUACUGUACAGUACGUCAGAGGCAUUUAAACAUCAGAUUGGCAGCCCUAAUAGAGGGAAAAAGUAUAAACAUAGCAAGUUGGUUACUGAACGCAAGCUUUUCUGGCUUUGGCAUGUUCAUGACUUUACACUGCAUGUAUCCAAGAGCUGGGAUUAAUUCUGUGUGAUGGUGCUGAAGUAACUUUUUCUAGGGGUGCUGUUGUCUGUUGGGGUGUUCUUGGAACAUGUGUAAGUGAAUAAUUUGAAGAAGCACUUAAGGCCUACAUGUGUAUCUAAAUCUGGAACACGGUUAUUGCAGUUGAAUGGUGCUGUAUGUAAAUAAAUAUAAGAGCUCAGAAGUGUAUAUGUCUAGUAUUUUUAUUUUUCACUUUUUAUUGUGCUGCAUUUUGUAAAUCUUCAAAAACUCAUCUACUCAUCUGUCUUGAUGCGUUGAAGAUGUUUUGAUGAUGUUGGGGGUUUUAUUUAUUUAUUUUUUUCUAUAAGUUUGGUUGAAGUACUAGAUUUUUUAUUAUCCUUGGGAUGUUUGAUAGUAAACAAGAAAUACAGUUUCCUGUUUUUUUGGUAUUUUUUUGUUUGUUUGUUUUAAGAAAAUGUUAAAAGGUAUUGACACAAAACAGUUAUGUGCAAGUUUACGUUACGGAAAAAUACUGUGUAAUAUGGGCCCAAAAAUUUUGAGUAAUUCUCCUUUAACCAAAUCUAUUACUUAAAAUCUGUUUUUCCAGACGGUCUAGGGCUGUUUAUUUUGUGUGACUUUUCUUUCUUAUGAGAAGGAUGCUUUUCUUCAUAAAGAAGUAGCUUAAGGUGUUAUUUUUUUCUCCUUCAAAUAUUAAGGUGGAUUUCUGGACUGUGUGCUUUUGGGAAGACAGAACAAUAGAGGAAAUCGUAUGAAGUGACAUGGUACAGACUUGACUUCUUGUCUGGACUUUAAAAUUGUUCUUAAAAGCUCUGAAUAAGGCAGGAUAAUGGAUGGUAGCUUGAGGGAGAUGAAGGAAUGUAUAAUGCAUAGUAGCUUGAGGAAAACAAAGAAAUGUUUAUGUACAAUUUAGUAACUUGUGGUAGAUUGACCAGACAGAUGAAUUAUUUGUUAGCUAGAAGUUCUUAAUUGUUUUCCAGUAGGAAGCAAACACCUACCUUCUGUGUUAAACUGUGUUUGAAUGUCAGGGUAACUUACGCUGUAAUGUCAAAGGAUUUCCUUUGGGUAAAUCUUUCUAGCUUCUUUAGUAUACUAUGUGUUCUUGUAUACAAGCUUUUAUUUAAACUCUGGGCACUUAAAUCUGUUCUGGAUAAUAAUGAUUUUUUUUAAUAGAGGGGAGAAAACAAUUAUCAGUUUUAAAACACUUUUCAAAAAUGUUUUUCCUCUUCAAUUUGAGAUACUUGAUUAAUCACACUUUUCAGAUUAGUUUUUAUUCCCUUGUUGCAUCCUUCCCCCUGCCCAGUUUUCCUGCUCUCGAAGAAAACCUGGAAAGAGUGUAACAUGUUGCUUCUGGGAUGUCAAGCCUAUUACAGUGAUAAGAAUGUCUCUGUGCAAGACAGGCAUUUCAGCAAAAAGGCCUGGGCCUACUUGCACAUGCAUUUGGGUUAUGUGUAUUGGGCAUUCAAUCAUAGGAGCCUUUCUUGAUGGAGCGUACUCAAACCAAAAGUAAAACAUAUUUGAGCUUUGCUAUAAACUCUAAGAAAUGCAUUCCAGUGUGUUCAACUGAACCAUUGUUUGGGAAAUCCUCUUUAUUUUGUGUAGCAAGCACUUAGAGGAAAAACACUAUCCUAUAAGGCUGUGGAGUUACAAAGAAUGGUUACCCAUAGUAAGAGAAAAGUUGUGUACUUCUAGGAAUGUUUGGCCUAAGGACAAGUUUUACUUAUAAGACUUAUGCAGUAGUAAGAUCCUGUUUAGAGUGGUUUGUUCAUUGUUGCCUUGAGCCCUUCCUAAUUUCCCUUAAGGAGAUAUGCAGGCUGAAAAAGCUAGAACUCUUAUUGCAAACUCGAGUGUGCUUUCCUGAACUUAAUUUUGGGAAAUUAAUUUUUGUCUGUUGCAUAAAUAAUGAUGCUCACAUGAGUGCAGUGCAGGCAGGAGCCUAGCACAGGCAGCUGGCAUCAAGUAGCCUUGUUUACCUGCUCCUGAACCUUUCCUUCUCUUCUUGUUGGCCCAUGUGUUCUAUUUUGCUUGUAAAUGCUAUGGUUGUUUGUUUUUUUGUUUUUUUUUUCUUAAACUUCAGACUAUGAAGAUGUAUAAGUUCAGCAUCUCUUGAAGAAUCUUAAAAGUUUUGACCCAGGUGAAAAAUACUUUUGCAACACUUCGUGGAGUGAUGUCUCUCCUUGGGAGUCUGCAGGCAGAAGGAAGAGAUACAGAACAAAGCCGUACUGCUGUAGGUUAUGCAAGUUCUCAUCAAAAUUACUUUCUUCAUUGAAGAAUCAUUUGCACCGUUACCAUGAAGAUGAAAUGGAUCAAGAGCUUGUUGUACCUUGCCCAAAAUGUGUGUUUGCUUCUGAGCCAAAAGUAGUGGGAAAACAUAUCCGAAUGUUUCAUUCAUCUAGUAAGAGAAUACAAAACUAUACAGUCAGCAUCUUGGAUGGCAUGAAACAAUUCAGGAGUGACAUCAUAAACUUUACGUGUCUAAAAUGUAACUUUACAGACACAUUGUAUUAUAACAUGAAGAAACAUGUGCUGAUGAACCAUUUUCAAAACUUAAUAAGUACGUAUUUUGGCCAGAGACCUGAUGAAAGUAAUGAGAAUUCUAUUGAGAACUACUGUAAAAAAUGUAAUGCUUCUGCCAACAGCCAAGAUUCUUUAAUGUAUCAUGUCUUGACAGCUGAAACACACAGAGACCUGGAGAACAAACUUCGGUCUGUAAUUUCAGAGCAUAUUAAGAAACCAGGACUUGUGAAACAAAUGCAGAUAGCUCCAAAGCUUCCCCAAAGCAUACCUGUAGCUGCUCCAUCUUUAGUUCCUCCUGUGGCCCCAGCAGGUUCCAUCACAGCUCCAGCUUGUAUCCAGCUUGCAUUCCCACAGAAUAAUCAAAACCAGACUGUGGUGCAGCCGAACAUUCAGAAUGCAGUCACGUCGCUGACUGUUCCAAGUGCCUCUUGUAGCGUUCCAUAUUUAACUUCUACUCCAGUUGUUACCCCAUCACAAGUUACUCUUGUAUCCAGUCACCUUCCUUUAGGUCAGAAUAAUGUUAAUAAUAUUCAGCCAUCUCCUUCUCAACCUCUUAUUGUUUCUCACGGGCUUCCUCUUAAUCAGCCUGUCACAGCUGGGCCUGUUCCUCUGAAUCAUUCUAUUGGGACCCUAAACAGAACCGUGGCCCCUGCAGUUCUUCCUGUUAAUCAACCAGUCAGGCCUGGGCUCUUUCCUAUUAAUCAGUCUGGUACUGUAAAUAGUCCAGUCGCAGCUGCACCGUUACCUAUUACUCAGCGUGUCAGCCCUGUCAAUCAACCAGUUGCAACAGGAGUUCUCUCAGUUAGCCAAUCAACUGAGAAUGUGAAUGGACCUGUUGGUCCCGCAGUCCUUCCUGUGGCUCAGACAGUUGCUUCAGGGGUUCUGCAGCUUAAUCAGUCUGCUGUGCCUGGAGUCAUUCCUGUCAGACCGCCUGUCAGACCUGGGUGUCUUCAGCUUAAUCAACCUGUUGCCCCAGCAGUUGUCCCAGUAAAUCAGCCAGUUAGAUCUGCAGUUUCUCAAAAUGCAACUUUUUUGGCUGCAGGUUCUUUACUUAGGCAGUUGAUUCCAACUGGGAAGCAGUUCAAUGGAAUACCUACCUACACGCUUGCUCCAGUUUCAGUUACUUUGCCUGUACCUCCUGGUGGUGGAGUAACUGUGGGAACUCCACCACAAGUGCCUAUCCAGCUGAUGCCUCCUGGGACAGUAACUCAGUUAUCUCAGUCACCAGCUAGUGCACCCUCUCCUCCAGUGGUUUUAACAACUCAGAGUAUAUCGUUACAAGCUUCCCCACCUGAUUCUGAAACAAGUCAGACCCUUGGGAAGGCGAAGCAGUGGAAGAUUUGCCCUGUUUGCAAUGAGCUUUUUCCCUCAAAUGUCUAUGAGGUGCAUAUGGAGGUGGCCCACAAAUGUAGUGAAGUGAAAAUAGAGGAAACCCGAGAACCUGACAAACUUGCAGCUUGUGCACCCUUUCUAAGGUGGAUGACAGAGAAGACGGUCCGAUGUUUCUCUUGUAAAUGCUUUCUCUGUGAGGAAGAGCUCAUGAAGCAUCUCUUGAUGCAUGGCUUAGCUUGCUUGUUUUGCACAGUUACUUUCCAUGAUUUAAAAAGCCUUGCGGAGCACAAUAGAUCUACACACAGUGGAAAGAAGCAGUUACAUGCAGAUUACAGCAACAGAGGAUUUCAACUAGGUAAUGAGGCUCAAGGUGACUUGGUAUUUCCCCACUUUGAUUUCAGUACGGUGUUACCAGGAGAAGACAUCGGUGAAAGAGAAGUACACUUGGCAGUGCUCGCUGGAGUAAAUUCAAGGACACUUGUCCCCAUUUACAUCAAAGUGAAACCUCAGACAGCAGAACUGAACAAUGAAUGCAACAAAGUGUUAACCUGUCCAUUUUGUUUCAGUUUGUUUAUUAGUCAGGAAACCUAUGAAAUGCAUUUGAAAGAGAGGCAUCAUGUUAUGCCAACUGUACAUACAAUUUUAAAGUCUCCGGCUUUCAAAUGCAUCCACUGUUGUGGUGUGUACACUGGAAAUAUGACUCUAACAGCUAUUGCUGUGCAUUUGCUCCGUUGUAGAAGUGCUCCCAAAAACAGCAACUCGAGUGUGAAGAUGCAGCUUGAGCGUACUGAGAAGAAAGAGCUACUGUUUGUGAAUGGUGAAAAGCAUGAUUCUGUAAUGAAGAGGAAGCAGUCUGAUACCUGCUUUGUUGCGGAAGACCAAAAGAAUAAGGAACAACAGCCGCUGAGCUUAAGUACUGGACUAGCUCUGUAUCCAGAAGGUGAAUUGUAUUCAGGGCUAGUGCCUUUCAAACGACAAAAGAUUAGUAUUAGGACUGAGCUAAAGAAAAUUUCUAGUGAGGAUCUUCGUGUUCUAGCAGUAGAUCCUAGAAAAUAUGAUCAUAGCUCGUCUGAGACUCAAAAACAGUUUUUGACAGACUAUUUCCAUGUGAGGCCAUAUCCUUCAAAAAAAGAGAUGCAGUUAUUGUCCACGCUGCUCUGUGCUUGGAAAACUGAUGUUGCGUCAUUCUUUGGAAAAAGGAGGAAUAUGUGCCUAAAGGCAAUAAAUAGUCACAAACCAUCUGUGCUUCUGGGUUUCAGUAUGUCAGAACUAAAAAAUAUUAAGCACAAAUUGAAUAUAAAUGAUGAACCAUUAGAUACAUAAAAAAAAAAAAAAAGCUUUUUAUAGCAUCUAAAAGCAACCAAUAAUUGCAUACUUAUGAAUGUUGCAAUUUAUUGUGAUGAAUUAUUACAUUUAACCUGCAGACUGGCCUGUUGGAGGACUGUGGUAGUAUAAAAACUUUCAGUUGUGACUGUUAUUGUGAAAGGUACACAGUUGUGUAUUUGAAAUGGCUAAAACUUUCAGAUUUACACUUCUGGAAUUUGUUUUAGCUUUUUACUUUUUCUAGAGUAGUAAUUUUUUGUUGGUUUUGUUCCCUUUUCCCCCUCCUCCAGUCUGCCAGUUGACUUUUUAUACCGUUAUGUAAAAUGUUUGUGCUGUUAAAUACAAAUUUUAUUUUAUUUUUCUGCAAUGUCAUCACAUUUUUUAAACAAUAAAAUGUAUAAUGUUGUUUAAAAUACUGAGGCAAACUA